CCCAGAGCAGUGGCUGUGUGCCGACCUGCGGGUAUUCAACGACAACAAGCGAUGAUGCACACGGUCGAGCUGUUCUGCGUGGCGUUCUGGUGCCUCUGUGCAGCCGUCUGGGCCUCCAGCAGCCGUGUGCCCUGCCAGUCACCAUCUAUGACCAGUGGCACACUGACUGUGAGGUCUUCUGGUGGGCAUACUGUUGCCACUGGAGAAUUCAACUACGAUUCCACUGGGAAGAAGCUUCACUUUUUGGAGAAGAGCGACGACUCAAACAAAACCUCCCACAUAGACGUGCUCAUGCACUUUGAGGAGGGUGUGUUCUACGAACUGGACAGUAAGAAUGAGAGCUGUAAGAAGCAGACGCUCAAGUCUCGCAAGCACCCGAUGGAGGUGCCGGCUGACGCCAGCCACGACAGCGAGGUGUACCUGGGCAGCCUGGCCGUACCAGAGCAGGGUCUGCGGCUGCGGGUCUGGACGGGCAAGGUGCCUGACCUCCACGCCCAGUAUACCAUGCUGACAACUUCCUGUGGAUGCCUCACCGUUUCCUGUUACUAUCAUAGUGAGAAGACAGACCUCAUCUUCAGUUUCUUGGACGUGGAGACGCAUGUGGAUGAGCCGCAAGUGUUUGCGCCUCCCGCCUACUGUGACGGCGCCGUUUUAGAGGAGUCGAGCGACGAUCACAGCUUCUUCGACCUGUUCCACGACUGAGGCAUUUAAUAACAUACGAACUAACGGACACUCGGGAUGGCGGCAUGCAGAGAAUAAAAAAAUCCUUUCCGAAAUGAA